AUGGCUGCCACACCAUCACAGCCAGUCAUAAGCAUUGCCAUCAUCGGCUCGGGCUUGAUAGGUCCAAGACACGCAAGAGCUGUAAUACAAGAUCCCAAUGCCUCGCUGCACUGCAUUGUCGACCCCAGUCCGGCAGCUGCUUCAGUUUCAAGCGAGUUGGGAACGACCUGUUAUCCUUCUAUUCAAGACAUGCUAGCAUCCUCAUCCGGUAAGCCCGACGCAGCCAUAGUCUGCACACCUAACAAGACACACGUGGCCCUCUCGAGCGAGCUCCUCUCAGCAGGAAUCCACGUUCUUUGCGAAAAGCCUCUGUCCGUCGACAUACCCACUGGACAGUCCCUUGUUGCACACGCCAAGGCACACCCCAGCCUUAGUCUGCUCGCCGGCCAUCACCGACGUUUCAACCCCUAUGUAGUGGCAACAAAACGCAUACUGGCCUCGGAGACACAUUCAAUUGGCCAGAUCACAGCGGUCUCCGGUCUCUGGACUCUGUAUAAGCCGCCGUCCUAUUUCGAUCCGCCGACGGAGUGGCGCCGCAGCGGCGAGAGCGGAGGCCCAGUGUGGAUCAACCUGAUUCACGAGAUCGAUAUAUUGCACUAUAUACUGGGCAGCAAGAUCGUGUGUGUCGCUGCCUUCGAGGCUCCCAAGCGCCGUGGUCAUGAUGCGGAAGAGGGAGGAGCCAUACUACUGCAUUUUGACAACGGGGUGGUUGGGACCUUUCUACUAAGCGACGCGGUUGUGAGCCCGCACGCGUUCGAGAUGGGCACCGGAGAGAACCCAGUCAUUCCAAGGACUGGGAAGGAUGUGUAUCGGAUUUUCGGCACGGAUGGCACGUUGAGCGUACCCGACCUGAGGCGGAGCUUCUACAACACGGAAAAUGGCGUGGAGAAGUCGUGGAACAACCAGUUGAGUGAAGUCACCGAGACGCUACAGGACUGGCUGAGCGAGGACGAGAGGAGCAAGAUUCCGUUUGAGCUGCAGGUUGCACACUUCAUCAGGGUCAUCAGGGGUGAUGAGAAGCCGGUGUGCACUGGGGAGGAUGGGUUGGCGGCUGUGAAGGUAGCAGAGGCCGUGAGGACGGCGCUACGGACGGGUGGUGUGGUUGAUGUGAAGUGA